CUUCAGCAGGCGAGGUGAGCGUCGGAAACCCCAGAGAGGAAGUUUCCAGCUUCUCUCCACCAGCUGCCGUGGGGGCGCUAUAAAAGCUGCUCACUCAGGAGCCCAGAGACACUCCUCUGCUGCACCUGAAGACAACACUCACAUCCAGACAGGCUGACAUCCAGACAGGCUGAUAAACAGACAGACAGAGAGACAGACAGAGAGACUGACAGGCUUAUAGACAGACAGACCGACAGUCCUCCAUCCCCAACUCUCAGAAGAAGAAGAUGUCUGUGCUGCAAGCUUCUCUGAUGACUGGCUUUGUGCUCCUGACUGUGUGUCUCCUCACAGGACACACUGCUGCAGCUGCUCCUCAAGGUUGCUGCACCAAGUACACGCCAGGGAGAAUCCCAUUUGCCGCCAUCAAAGGCUACUCCAUCCAGAAGAAGGAGGAGAACUGCCCCAUCGACUCCAUCAUUUUUCACACCAAGCGUGGUAAGAAGGCCUGCACCAACCCUGCCGAGCGCUGGGUCAUAGACUACGUCGGCCGGCUGGGGUCCGCUGCAAAGAACUUCUACAACCGAAAGAACUCCAAGCCUUAGUGACGUUGUCACGGUAACAAUGACGGGGUCACGGCUUCGGUACCUGGAGAGCUGGAAGGGCCAACCUGACCGCAGCCCUGCUGUGUCAUCAACCCCCGCGCAUGUCUGACCUCUGCAUCACACUUUUCAGCUUGUUUAUAUUUAUCGUUAAGAAAAUGUAUUCAAGCCCUGUGUCAAAUGUGCUAAAUACCUUAGCAUGAAUCUUGCUAUGCAAUAAUAUAUUGAGCUCGUUAUAGUAGCAGUUUAUACAUGUUUUUUAAUGUGUACUUUUGUACGAACGAUUAAUUCAGGGAGAUACGUAAAGCUGUAUGUCUAAAAUAAUAAAUAUUCUUUAUAUAUAUUUA